GCCAGCUUUGUUCUUUGCUUGGCAAAUACUUUUCCUGCCGUCCAAAAUAUUCUUUGCUUUAGCUUCUUCAAGCUAUGCCAAUCAUGUUAAUCAGUCCCCUUCAACAUUCUGUAGUUAUAUAAGUCUGCUUGUCUACAUCAUAUUAUUCCCCUCAAAAUCUUUAUCCAGAAAUGGAAGGUGGUGGCCGUUCGUUCGAGUAUACUCCGACAUGGAUAGUUGCUCUUGUCUGUUUGAUCAUUGUUUUCAUUUCACUCAGCGCGGAGCGGGGUCUUCAUUAUCUUGGCAAGUGUUUCGUGCAUAAGGGACAAGAUGCACUAAAUGAAGCUUUACAAAAGCUAAAAGAAGAAUUGAUGCUUUUGGGGUUCAUUUCACUGCUACUAACUGUGUUUCAAGGUCUAAUAAGUGACAUCUGCAUCCCUGCUAAUCUUGCAAAUAUUAUGCUUCCAUGCAAGCCACCGGAAACCGGCUCCUCAGCUGGUUCCCAUCUGCUCGCAAACAACGGAAGGAGGCUUUUGGCUGAAGAUGCUCAUGAAAAUCUCUGCAGAAACGGAAAGGUCCAAUUUUUAUCUUUGGAAGCGUUACAUCAGUUGCACAUAUUCGUAUUUGUUUUGGCUGUUGUUUAUGUGAUAUUCUGUGCGACCACAAUGUUUCUUGGAGUGGCCAAGGUAAGUGAAUGGAGACACUGGGAGCGUUCAAUUAGAGAGGAAAUGUCACCAAGACGAUGCCAUGGACAUCCUCAUCAUUUCAAAGAAUUCAUGGGACGUGCAGGCAGAUAUUGGAGAAAAUUUCAUGUAGUGAGUUGGAUGGUAGCAUUUUUCAAACAGUUUCACGGCUCAGUUACUAAGUCAGACUAUAUUGCGUUGAGAUCAGGAUUCAUACAGGAACACUGCCCUAAUAAUCCUAAUUUUGAUUUUCACAAGUACAUGCUACGAACACUGGAAGACGAUUUUAAGAAAAUCAUCGGUAUAAGCUGGUACUUGUGGCUCUUUGUUGUUGUCUUUCUGCUUAUGAACAUUGCAGGAUGGCACACAUAUUUUUGGCUAUCAUUCUUACCUCUAGUACUUCUACUUAUUGUGGGUGCUAAAUUGGAGCACAUAAUCACUCAAUUAGCAAAGAAUGCCGUAGAAAGAACUUCAGGCGACCCUGAACGCACAGUGGUUAAGCCUUCUGAUGAAUUGUUUUGGUUUCAUCGACCCCUCAUUGUUCUUUACUUGAUACACUUCAUUUUGUUCCAAAAUUCGUUUGAGAUUGCGUUCUUCUUUUGGAUUGUGUGCACAUACGGAUUCAAAUCAUGCAUUAUUGAAAAACUGAUUUUCAUCAUCCCCAGACUGGUUAUUGGGUACGUAACCACUUGGAAUAAAAAUAAAAUGAUUGAUUUUUUUUGUAACGACCCAAGUCUUUGUGCCUCAUUCGUUAACUUGAUGAUCAUAUUAUAUCAUUUUAUGAAUCGACCAAUAAUGUCAUUAUCGUUGGAUUAA